GAAAAUCGAACCAAAAUCCAAUACUAAACUACGAACUAAUUUAUAAUUAAUAAACUUAAACGAAAAUUAAAUAAGCAUGCCCCGAUUACGAUUACGAUUGCUGGCGUGGAUGCCGCUGCUGUUGCUCGUUACAGGAAGUGCUGCACAGGCCCACUUUGAGGAUGCGGAGAAAGCGAAUGACUACACGGAUCAACAGUUCGAUCUGCGUCACACGAUUCCCGGCGAACCAGGCAUCGAUUAUCCCAUACUGAGUGAGGUGCCCAAGACGAGUUUUGUGUGCAAGGGAAGACAUGAAGGUUACUAUGCGGAUGUGGAGAGUCGUUGCCAGGCAUUCCGCAUCUGCGCCCACACCGCACGCACCCCGCAAGGCUUCGGUUUCCUCUGCCCCAAUGGCACAGUAUUUAGUCAGCAGAAGUUCGUCUGCGACUGGUAUCGCAAUGUGGAUUGUGAUUUGUCGGAGCGUUACUACGAUAUGAAUCUCGAUCACAGCGUGGGCAACACCCAGCAGAUGAUGGAACGUGUGCGUCAGAUGAUGGAGUACCCCACCAUGACCAUAACGAAGGCUUUGCAGCAGCAGCAGCAGCAGCAGGCGCCAAGGAACACACAUCAAACGUUGAGCAAGGAUCUGAGCAGCGUGAGUGGCGUUCUCACCCAACCAGCUGCCAUUAACAAUGGCAAGCCGGUGUUGCGUGGCGAGGACAUCAAGAGCGAACCUCUGCCGGCUCCAACACCAGCAGCAGUUGCGCCGCACGAUGACGAUGACAUCUAUGUGAAUAGCCUGGGCGAACUCUCCUCGGAUCCGGGCAUUCAGUUCGAUCACACUAAUGCGCACAUCAUUGCCGAGUAUCCACGUGAGUAUCACUUCCAAAAGCAAAAGAACUUUGCCGAGCGUGUCAAUGCAGGCUUAGAGGAGCUCGAGGACAUACCAGCUGGCUCCCAGGAGCAAAUGGCGCCCGAGUACAUCAAGCAGAUACGCAACACCAAGGACGAGGCCACACAACUUGAUCUGGUAUCGAAUAUCAACAAUCUGCUGGAGGAAGUCUCCACGGACUUGGAUCCCAGCGUGUCGGGUUAUCAGUCGAUGAGUCCGCAGAAGGUGAAGCAACCAUUUAGGUUCCUCAGUCGUGGCUUUGCCACGCAAAACAACGAAAAGGAUGCGGGAAAAGGAAAGUCACACUCAGCCUAUGUGUAUAACAGACCCAAACAGACGCCGGGCACAGUCAGAUUUACGAACUUUAAGAGCAGUCAGCCACAGCGAGGCAGCGCCACUAGCAGCAUCCAGGAGCAGCAGCAACAGCGCCAACAGCAGCAGCAAUUGCGCCAACAGCAACGUAACAAGCCAGCAACACCAAGUGUUGCAAGCAACAGCAACAGCAACAACUACAACUAUGCCAAGCCGGCGGCAGCAGCAGCACCAGCGAUUGCUAGUCUGACCAUACCACAACGACCAGUUUCUCUACAACAGCAACAGCAGCAACAUCAGCAUCAACAGCAACAACUGCCGCAAGUCUUGUUGCCCACGCAGCCAAGCAUUGUGAUUGCUCGCGCCGAGGGACAACGCAUUGCUCCAAACUCUCCAAGCAACAUUAUCAAUUCUCUCGUCAAUCAACCUCAACCAAAAGGCACACCAACCUCUUAUGUGGCACUAAGCGAUUUCUUGAACACUAAAUUUGGCAACAGCAACACCGAAGGUGCGACAACUAUGCAGCAACAGCAUGUGCAACAUCAUCAGCAACAACAGCAGCUGCGUCAGCCAGUUAAACAUCAACAUCAACAACAACAGCAACACCAGCAGCAGCAGCAGCAACAACAUCAACAACAGCAGCAACAGCAUCAACAGCAACAGUUGAACUACAUAACGCAACAAUAUCAACAGCGCCAUCAGCAGCCAGUGCCACAAUCACAACAACCGCAACCACAGCAACAACUGCAACACCAACAGCGCUAUCAACAACAGCAACAUUUCCACGUGCAGCAACCACAACAGCAACAAAUCACUUAUCAAACACAAUACCAACGUCCUUAUCAACAGCAGCAACCACAGCUGCCCCAGCCACAACAGCAACAACAACAUUUCCAGCAGCAGCAAGUGCAGCGUCCCUCCAUUCAAUCUAAUCAACAACCUUAUCUGACGCCCAACAUCUUUGUGCCCUACCAGCAACAGCAGCAACAUUUACCCCUCUUCCCACCGCUAGCAGCAGCAGCUGCUGGUAAAUCGUCGCAUCUGACUGCCACACGAGGCCAACAGCAGGCGGAUCACUUGAAUGUGCUAUUGCCGGCAUUGCCCAACGGUCUGAUACCUGCACCAACUUUACAGGUGGCACAAAAGCGUAGCGACCUCAAAGUCAGCGAGUUGCAGUUGACUAGCAGCAACAAGGAGAGCAACAACAACAAGGACAUGGAUCAGGGGCAGGAGAUUGCCUUCUACUCUGGCCGCACAUCCUACCAGGUGCCGCAGAGCAGCGUUGGUCGUUUGCCGAACGAUGUGACGCAUCUGCGGCGUCUGCGCCAGCGUCGUUAUUAAUGAAUGGAUUAAAGAUUUUAGUUGAAGUUGCAGCGGAUUAGACCCGAGUGAGAUUACUACUAGACGCAUAAGUUAUUAUUUAUAUACUACGCUUAAG